GAGCCCCGUGCAGCGCUUACGUUAUACGUGUGCGACAGAUCUGCUUGUCUUAACAGCGUCCUGUCAGGCACGUGAAUCGUGUUUUGAUUCUCACAUGCAAGAUUUCUGGAAAAUAUGGACAGUGAUAUUGCGGACAGGGGUGGAAUUAAAGUGAUUAUACAAAAUGAGAUGGACAAAACAGCCCCACGCUGUGUACAUGGACCGACACUGUUAUUUGAGAAAAAAUGUAAUAAAGGAAGGAGAUUUUACGCGUGCUCUGCCUGUCGGGACAGAAAAGACUGCAACUUUUUCCAGUGGGAGGACGAGAAGAUAUCGGAGGAAAGGAUGCUUGCUAGAGAAAAGCAUAAUCGCAGCAAGAUGCCUCCUUUCUCUCACCAUGAGUACUGCUCACGAUUUAGAGAGUUUGUUUCUCUGCCACUGGAGCAGCGACGGUUCUGUGUGGAUUGUCAACUGUUGAUCUUCCCUGAAGAAUGGCAGACUCAUGAAAAACACAAGAGACUUUCUGAGGAUGUCACAGUUCAGCGGUUGAGAAGGCCCAGUCUGUUACUGUGUCCUCUGGAGAACAAGAAGAGUAAUGCACAGUACCUGUUUGCAGACCGCAGCUGUCAUUUCUUACUGGAUAUGCUGGCGGGGUUAGGCUUCCAGAAAAUUCUGUGUGUGGGAACACCACGACUACACGAGUGUAUUAGGUUGCAGAAUAUGGAUGACAAGAGACAUACCAUGCAGAGUUUAUUGCUGGAUAUUGAUUACAGAUACUGCCAGUUUUAUGGAGAAGACGAGUUCUGUCACUAUAACAUGUUCAAUCAUCACUUCUUUGAGAAGGAAGUGGUUCAGCAUUAUGAGGACUUUCUAUCUGAAGAGGGAGGAGCCAAAGUAGUCAUGGUAACAGACCCCCCUUUUGGAGGACUGGUGAAGCCACUAGCCGACAGUUUUAUGAGGAUAUCAGUGAGUUGGAGAAAACGUCAAAAUAAAGACAGCGGUGCAGCUGAGUUGCCGAUGAUCUGGAUAUUCCCGUACUUCUUUGAGUCUCGUAUACUUGAGUGUUUUCCUUCCUUCUCUAUGUUGGACUACCAGGUCGAUUACGAUAACCAUGCUCUAUAUAAACACGGAAGGACCGGCCGUAAGCAGUCACCAGUUCGACUUUUCACAAAUCUGUGUCCCAAAGAUAUUAUUCUACCAGCAGAUGAAGGCUACAGAUUUUGUAGUAUUUGCGAGAGGUAUGUUUCAGCGGGAAACAAGCACUGCCCAAGAUGUAAUGCAUGCCCAUCAAAGGAUGGGCGAGAAUGGAGGCACUGUGAUGAAUGCAGACGGUGUGUAAAGCCUACAUGGAGACAUUGUUCCUCAUGUGGUCACUGUGCUUUGCCUGAUCACACAUGUGGACAGAGCCAAACCGGCUGUUUCAACUGUGGUAGUCAGAAACACAAACUCAGAGCCUGUCCUAAGAAACACAACAAACGAAUGCUUGUAGGAGGCCGUGGAGCUGCAGGCGUGUUAAAACAUGCUGCCGUUAAACCCAAUGCCAAAGACAAGAGGAAGAAAAGAAAUACGUGAAAUGGUUUUGAGGCUGCAAAAAAAUUGCAUCACACAGUGACUUAAGUGUGAAAUGUCUGGUGGUGCAUGCAUACAGAAAGCAAGGUCAUUUUGUAUGAAUGUGUUUAUUUUGAAUAGUUUUUUAAGCAACUAUUUUUGGUAAAGCAUACAAUCCUACCACAUUGAAAUCUUGAGGGUUAUUACAAUAAGCACCUUCUCAGUACAGUAGUGUACAAAUGACAAUCAACUGUGUGUAGUGUAAUGUUUCAACAAAGCUGUGCCUCCUGGUAUGUAUUUAAGUCCUAAAUAAAUCCAUAUUUACCCUA